AUGCUUAGAAUCUCGUCGCGAUCGGUAUUGCAAACACGUUUUUCGACGCGGCUUCCCCGCCACGCCAUAUUCAACAAAUGUAUAUUACUUUCUGCAGCUUGCUUUCUGGUUAAUUCGUAUUGUACCUUCCUGGUGUACGUCAACAUCUCGUCUGGUUUUGUUGGGAACAGUUUGGUGCUUGCGAGAAUGUCUUUGCUGGCGCCAGUGGCACGCCCUUGUACAGCUAACGAAGACAACUUCCCAGACCAUGCUGGCGAAGAUCAUUCGUCGGAAGAGGAGGGUGUCGAUUCCGAUCAUAGUGUGGCAUCAGUGUCUCGUUGGCUCCUGCAAGCAUGUGGGAGGAAGAAGCCACGAUCUCUGAGUGAGAUCACUUCAUAUUUGGAGCAACUAGAUCAAUCCGUUGUAGCAGCGGCUUUGCUCUCGAGCAACAGCAACGAGAAAACAGCUCUUCAUAUGGCGUGCCAGUUUCGGAAAGGCAGCGAGGGUCCAGGCCUGGUGAAGACGCUGCUGAACCAUGGAGCGCAGAUCGAUGCUUCCAUAACACGAGGGCAUACCCCGCUGAUCUUUGCAGCUGGCCGUGGCAAUGAGGCUAUAGUGCACACUUUGCUGAGACGUGGAGCGAACCCCAGAAUCGUCACCGCGUCAGGUGUUACUGCAGCCGAGAUGGCUCGCAAUCAUUGUAGCCCUGGUACGGCGUACUUGCUUGAGGUUGCCGAGAACAGCGAGACCCGACCUUGGCAAGAUUUCCGCGAGAAUCCUGAGGCUGUGGCCGCACAGGCGAAGCAUGGACGACUCCGGCAGCAUGUUCGAGAGAAGCGCGAGGGCAGAGAUCCAGCCAGCGACGCCGCAGAGGAUCCAGGGGUAACAUUGCAGGCAAGGAGCCUCGCUGCAGCUUUAGAUAAAGGCAUGGAUGUGGGACGCGAGGGCUUGGUGUCAAUUCUUGUGCACGCCUUCCGCAAUCGAAAGAUUGACACCGCAGCAGCAUUCGUCUUGCAGAGGGCAUUCCAAGAAGUUUUCUCGACUGGCGACAGGAGCAGCUUACUGACUGUGUUGCGCGUGUGUCACGAGGAUGAACUGGGGCAUGCGUUAUCACUCCAAGGUGUACGUGACCGGCGGGCUCUGCAGAUGGUUUUUGCAAGCUUCUUCACUGAGUUAGAAAAGUCGGGGCAUAGACUUUUGGAUGAUACUCCAGCUGCAGAUAUUGUGGCAGCGUCGACAAGUCUGCACCUUGUCCUGGAAACUUUACGACUCAAAAAGAGCUUCGACCCGGCAGAAGAUUGUCAAACUAUGGAACGGAUAUGGCGCAAGGCGUUCUUUGUUUUCACAAGUAACGCGAAUGGCUGGGUGUCUGAUGUGAUCGUUGUAACUGGACUGCAGUUGUCGAAAAAGAACGGAGGUUCACGAAUGGCUGAAUUGCUUAUCUUGCUACGGUGGGCUAUGGCCGUGCAGAGCACAGUGCCAACUUGGCACGACAUGGUUACCGACAUCUGUUUGUUUGCCGCAGAUUCGCACUUUGGCAGCAACUUCGUGCAAGUCGCCAAAUCAGCGCUGAAGCCAUUACCCGUGCAGGUUGAGAAGAUAAUUGAAGGAACUUUGAAGGUCAGCUGCCAGGCGUUGGAAUUACCGCAAGAAGUUAUGCCAACAACCUCAAGCUCAGGAAGCGUAGGUCAUACUAAGUUACCCGACUACAUUUUGACAGCUUCAACGUAUUGGGUCUCUGAUGACGACUCAAUGAGGGAUAUCAGGAGAGCAUUGGAGCAUGCAGUUGAAAGUUCAGGCUCGGAGGAGCCAGUAUUAGUGGGUAUGGAUACGGAAUGGGGCGAGCUUGCAAGCGGUGACCCUGAUGCGGCACCAUCAGUAGUGCAGAUUGCAGCUGUUGGCAAGGUGUGGAUUUUAGAUACGGCUAGUCCAGGCCCCCAGGCAAGGUCUUUAAUAAGAUGGAUUGCGGAUUCUUAG